AUGGACACGUUGAAUGCACGAAAAGAUAUGAAAGUCCUGGAAGGUAUACACGUGUCUAGAUGUCCGAACGAGAAGGCCGUCUACAACACAGUGUGUCAUUACCUCCAGUACCCUCCAGGCACCACGGUCACAUAUUUCUACUUCGAGAGCCAGGGAGGCAAGUUCGAGAACACUCUGUUCUUUGGACUCCAGUACCUACUCAAGAGGUGGCUCGUCGGCCCCGUCAUCACGGCCGAAAAAGUGCUCGAAGCCAAGGAGUUCUUUCGGCUCCAUUUCAACCAGGAGCUCUUCAACGAGCUGGGUUGGAUGCACGUCGUGGAAAAGCACGGAGGUCACCUUCCACUCGCAAUCAAGGCCGUUCCAGAAGGAAGCGUAGUUCCCACGCGCAACGUUCUUUUCACGGUUGAAAACACGGACCCGGAGUUGCCCUGGCUCACCGAAUGGUUUCGGACGCUUUUGACGCAGACCUGGUACCCGACCACGGUGGCCACAAAGAGCUGGCACUACAAGGAGCUGCUGGCCAGGUAUCUAUCCGACACUUCCGACACCAAGGCUAGCCUCUCCUAUCAGUUGCAUGAUUUCGGAUACCAAGGAGCCACCUCUGUGGAGUCGGCUGCCAUCGGAGGCGCUGCUCACCUCGUGAAUUUUUCGAGUACUGACAACAUCGCCGGCGUCUGCCUGGUCAAAGAAUUCUACGGUUGCCCCAUGGCCGGCUUCUCCUACCCGUCCACGGAUCGCAGUACAAUGACACCGUGGAGCGAGGCGGGCGAAGCAGCGGCGUGCCGAAAUGCCCUCCAGACCUUUCCCAGCGGCCCGGCAUCCGUGGUCAGCGACAGCUACAACGUGUUCAACUGCUGCGAACACACGUGGGGACAAAAGCUACGUCGCCACGUCAUCGCUCGGGCUGAGCACCACGGCGGUCUCCUGAUUAUCAGGAUCGACUCUGGCGACGCUCCAGAGGUCGUGGUGGAGGUGCUAGAGACCCUAGCCCGGUGCUUCCCAGUGUCCGAGAACGAGAAGGGUUACCGAAUGCUGCCGGACUAUCUGCGGCUCCUGCACAGCGACGGCGUGACACUCGAGAUGGCCGACGCCAUCCUGGCCAACGUCAAGGCAAAUCGCUGGAGCGCCGCCAACGUGCUUCUUGCCAGCGACGGAACGCUGCUCCAGAGGCUCGACAGGAACACGCUCCGAUUUGCUCUCCAGUGCAGUGCGGCCACCAUUUGCGGAGAGGAGAGGCAAGUGUUCCAGAAACCUGUGACGGACAUAGCAAAGAAAUCCAAGAAGGGCAGGCUCACACUACAGAGGAACUGCAACGAAUACUCCACCGCGGAACAGGGAAAAGGAAAUCCCCUAGCGGACCAUAUGUUGCUUGUGUUUGAAAACGGGCAUUUACUGAUCGACCACAGCCUGGAAGACAUCAGGAAUCGUUCAGAGACAGUUUCUGUGGGAGUCACAAAGACGUGA